AUGACGACCUCGGCCACAACCCUCCUCCCCAGGUUCCUCCUCCCGGCCCUGAGCCCCAUGUGGCGCGCAGCAGCGACCUCGACAGGCCGCCCGGCCGCGGCGGCUCUCCGCCGGAACGCCGCGUGGACGAUCCGGUACGCCUCGUCCAAGCCGACCGGUGCGGGUCAGAAGGGACCCCUCAUCCUCGAGAAGCCCGCCAAGUUCAACCCGCCCUCCCACGGCUCCCGGCUGCCCAAGAAGAACGGCCCGAAACACUACGGCGGCCCCCUCAGCGGGCAAGAGGUGCGGGCGCAGCGUACGCGCGAGUACCCCGGCAUGAUGGCCCCCGAGGGCACGUGGGCACACUGGUUCUUCAACAGCCGCAAGGUUCACCUCUUCAUCUCACUGGGAACUCUCACGACGCUGGCCAUCACGACGUUGGUCCUCAACUUUAGCCAAACCUCGCCCUUCAAGCACCUCCUUCCCCCCGCGUCCGAGUUCUGGAGCAGCCCGGUCCAGUUCUUCCGCACGUGGGCCCACGUCCUGCAGCUGCACGAGCGCGACCGCAACGAGAAGGCUAUUGCCAUGCAUUCGCGCCACACCGACGACGUCGCCAAGCGCCAGUACUACCGCAAGGUCCACGGGCUCGACAAGGAGAACCCCAUCGCCAACUUCCUCGGCAUGAAGGAGGAGUCGGAGGAGGACAAGGCGGCCACCGCUGCUGCCAUUGAGGCGUCGCCUGUGGCUGGAGACGCAGAGGCCGUCGCGCCUGCGGAGGGCGAGGAGAAGAAGAAGAAGUGGUUCGGCGUCUUUUGA